AGAGCAAACACUCACUCCGGCUCUAGAGAGGAGGAGGUUGUGUGUGAGCUCGUGUGAGUGUAUGAACAGAGGAUGAUAAACCCUCUGGAAAGAAAAGGACGACCGAUUAGUGAGAACAGCUCAAAAAUGGAACCACGUCUGGACGGCAAGAAGAGGACAUGAACCACUGCUGCUUUGGAUUUUAUAGAUUAAAAACAAGCUUGUUAGAUUUAGAUAUUUGAGGACUGAGACGAACCCUUGACACCUUGUGUGUGCGUGUGUGUGUGUGUGUGUCACACCAAGUUUAAAUAGAGAGCGGAACUAUAGAGACCGUCUGAGGGUCAGAAUUUGCCAUCUGGAGCUCAAUUCCUCACUUUUUUUUUUUUCUUUCUAAACGGGGGACAAAGGUUAAGGAAAUGUUUGGGCGAGGAGGGGAUGAAGAAACGAUGACGGUGUUCCAUCUGAGCGGCUGAGACUCUUUGACCUCCACUCCUAGAGAUCAGCGAGGUUACUGGGCGGAGCUGACGGAGAAAAAACUACAGCCAUGCUGUGUGGUCUGAGGAGAGACACCAAGAACAGCAUUGAUGAAGGGCCGUACUCGAAGGGGGGCAAGGAGUCCGGGGCAGCUGACCAAUCACAUUCAUCCUGCAGGCGCAGCUUCUCAGCAGAGGAGCACCGAGGAGUGACCACGGUGGACCUGAUGAAAAGGGAAGGCAGCAGCCUCGGCCUCACCAUCUCCGGAGGCUCCGACAAGGACGGAAAGCCCCGGGUAUCGAACCUACGGCCAGGUGGGCUGGCGGCCAGGAGUGACCAGCUGAAUGUGGGAGACUACAUCAAGUCAGUGAACGGCAUCAACCUGUCGAAGCUUCGCCACGAUGAGAUCAUCAGCCUGCUGAAGAACAUCGGGGAGCGAGUGGUGCUGGAGGUGGAGUACGAGCUGCCUCCGUUCGUCCAGAACCCAUCAGGACUCUUAACCAAAACCAUAGAGGUGUGUUUACACAAGGAGGGAAACAGCUUUGGAUUUGUCAUGAGAGGAGGCUUCCACGAGGACUGGCGGAGGUCUCGUCCUCUGGUGGUUACGUACGUGCGGCCCGGAGGUCCUGCUGACAGAGAGGGCACUUUGAAGGCCGGAGACCGAGUGUUGAGCGUAGACGGGAUGCCUUUAAACCGGGAGAAGCACGCUGACGCUUUGACCAUGCUGAUGCAGAGCAGCCAGGAAGCUCUGUUCCUGAUCGAGUAUGACGUCUCUGUCAUGGACGCAGUACAACAAGCCUCGGGCCCUCUGCUGGUGGAGAUAGUGAAAGGCCCGUCAGCCAGCCUGGGGAUCAGCCUCACCACAACAAUAUACAGGAGCAAACAAGUUAUUAUUAUUGACAAGAUAAAGGCAGCCAGCGUGGUGGAAAGAUGUGGAGCGCUGCACGCAGGUGACAUCCUUCUGUCGAUAGACGGGACCAGCACAGAGCACUGCUCUCUGAUGGAGGCCACGCAGCUACUUGCCAGCACUUGUGACGUUGUAAAGCUGGAGAUUCUCCCGGCCAGUCAGGGCAGACUUCCUGUCAGGCCGCAAGACACAGUAAAAGUGCAGAAGAGCAACCAUCAUCACUGGGACCAAAGCGGCAACUACUGCCAUCCCCCACAUGCCAGCCACGGCAAGACAUGGAGCAGCCCGAGCCACCCACACAACCAGCAGGACCACUGCAAAUCUCUGGUGAGCGGUGGCUUCUCCCCUUCCUCCACAGCCACCUCUGGCUUCAGCAGCCAGGGGAGCAACACGCUGCCCUGCCCCAUCCCUCCGGUCGCCCCCACCAGCCCCCGCGGCUCCACGGGCAAGAGGAGGAACAGGAAGAAGGACCACAAGAGCUCACUAUCUCUGGCGUCCAGCUCUGUCGGCCCAGGGGGGCAGGUUUUUCAUGUGGAAACAAGCGAUGUCUUCCUGAGGGGGGAUCCGCUCACAGGUUUUGGGAUCCAGCUGCAGGGGGGUGUCUUUGCCACAGAAACCCUGUCUGCUCCCCCGGUCAUCCGCUUUAUUGAGCCCGACAGCCCAGCUGAGAGGUGUGGGCUGCUGCAGGUUGGGGACAGACUUUUGUCCAUUAACGGGAUCCCGACUGAAGACGGCACUCUGGAGGAAGCCCACCAGCUGCUCAGAGACUCCGCUCUGGCCAAUAAGGUCACAGUGGAGAUUGAGUUUGAUGUUGCAGAGUCGGUGGUUCCCAGCAGCGGCACCUUCCACGUGAAGCUACCCAAGAGGAGAGAAGUGGAGCUGGGCAUCACCAUCAGUGCAAGUAAGAAACCCGGCAAGCCCCUCAUCAUCUCUGACAUCCGCAAAGGAAGCAUAGCACACAGAACAGGCACUCUGGAGCCCGGGGACCGGCUGCUGGCCAUCGACAGCGUGCGUCUGGAGAACUGCUCCAUGGAGGACGCCAUGCAUGUCCUGCAGCAGGCCGAGGACAUGGUCAAGCUCCGAAUCCAGAAAGACGAGGACAACAUCGAUGAGUUGGAGAUGUCGGGCUCCAUAAUCUACACCGUUGAGCUGAAGCGGUAUAACGGACCACUGGGCAUCACCAUCUCUGGCACAGAGGAGCCCUUUGACCCCAUCGUCAUUUCUGGCCUCACCAAGAAAGGCCUGGCAGAGAGGACCGGGGCCAUCCACAUAGGGGACCGAGUCCUGGCCAUCAACGGGGUCAGUCUGAAAGGAAAGCCACUGAGCGAAGCCAUCCAUCUCUUGCAGGUGGCCGGGGAGUCCGUCACCCUCAAGAUAAAGAAACAAGCAGACCCGUCUGACGGCCAGCGGCCUGCAGACAGAGAAGCAGGGUUUUUAAGUGACCCAGAGGAUGACCUCACCGACUCCCAGAAGAUCAGUAAACACUCGGAGGUCUACUCGGCCACUCUGCCCAGCAUAGACUCUGCGAUGAGCUCCUGGGAUAGCUCGGGGUUUGACGCAGGCUACAGUAGUCAAGGGACGUAUCAUCACAAAGCGUCCGAUAUAUUGCUCAAUCCGCACGAGUGGCGACGCACAAAACACAGGAGUCACACCAGUUCCGGCUCUGCAGGUCUAGUCCACCACGCAGCGCUGUAUGACGGGAGAUUCACUGAGGAUGAGUGGGACAAGAUACCCGGAUUCGUCAGCCCCCCUCGUUGCCAGGAGAACAGCUUCUGGUCCCAGGCUCUGCAGGACCUCGAGACCUGCGGCCAGUCGGAGAUUCUCAGGGAGCUGGAGGCGUCCAUGACGGGUAGCGCUCUCAGUCUGUACCUCGAGGAAACAAAGACCAAUGACGACUCAAUGUUUCAGUCUGAGAUCAGUCCCAUUAAGAGGGAGGGAAUGCACGGAGAGUUUAACAGCAAAAGCAACCUGAACAUGUCGACUGGAGGCAGAGACGUACCGUCCCGGGGCCGAGGGGACACCUCUGAUGUCUUGUCCCCUACCACUCUGGCACUGCACAAGGUGACUAUGAGGAAGGACAUUGAGAGCCAUGACUUUGGGUUCAGUGUAUCCGACGGGCUCCUGGAGAAAGGGGUUUACGUCAACAUGAUCCGCCCCGAUGGCCCCGCCGACCAGGCCGGGUUAACACCUUUCGACCGCAUUCUCCAGGUGAACCGUGUCAGGACCAGGGACUUGGACUGUUGUCUAACCGUGCCCCUAAUUAUAGAGGCAGGAGACGUCCUGGACUUGGUCAUUAGCAGGAAUCCACUGGCAGUAGCAGACUCCGUGCUGCCAGACGACUGUGACGACCCCUUCAACUCACUGUUCUGCUUUCCGGAGCACAGGACCAACAGCAUCGCCCUGUGACCCCCACUAACACAGACGCUAGCCCUUUUGAAGCACUUGGACCACUCUCUCUCACGCACGCGCGCGCACACACACACACACACACACACGGGGUUAUGUUUGUCACACUCACGCAGAGCAUCCUCACAGAAACGGCUACAAAGUGCAUGUGCUCACCGCUGCCGGUUUUAGUCACUGUGCUCACAUGAUGCAGUUCAGAGGAGGCUCUGGCUUCAGGGCAGCCCCCCCCCCUCCCUCUCCAGAGGCAAAGCCACAUUUGGGUUAUAUAACAGGAAGAAUCAUAGCUUCUGCCUGAGCCAGGAUGUCAACGCUCACGCCUCAAACGCUGCACACACACACACACACACAUGCACGUACUGCAUAAAUGUACCAUCUUUUGCUUUUAUGAGCUUGAUGCUCACAUUGCAAAGAACUUUCUUUUUUUUGCUGCACACAGCUGCACAUGCAAUUAUUUUCAUGUAUAUAUAAAACACACACCCGUAUCUACACACACAGGGUGUUGGUGGACUCAAGGUCCAGGGCACAUUGGGCUUAUUUGCAUUAUUUCAGCCACGACUUGGCUCACUGCCCUCGUUUCCAGUCUCUCCUCCACACUGCUGCCCGCCCCAGAGAGCGGACAGUGCCUCCAAAUAGACAGAAUGCUCUCUGCUACUUUCCAAAUAUUCAUUAGCUGUGUUUUAAAGCCAUUAAUGGCUUAAUACCAGGAAUGCUUGUGAAGACACUCUACCCUUUCUGUUUUUAAAGCGGGCGUCCCUUCACGGGUCAAUAGUUCCAGAGAUAUGUUGCAUUUUUGUUUUUUUGUUCCUGUCGGUUCAGUUUCACUUUCUGCAUUUGCACUUGACACACACUUUUUUUUGUCACAGUUCAUAACUCACUUUUUUUUCCACGUUGCAGUGUUUUUAUCUGCAUCUCUUUGUGGCAUUACACCGGAAUGGCUUAUGUGUUGGUAAGUGAAUUGCAUCCUUAACCAGAGGAGGAUUAAAUGCCUUUUCAAUGUUCCGUGGUGAAUGAUUUUGUUGUUUUCACUCCGUAUCUGUCUCUGGAUUGAUGUUCCUCUCUGGAGUAGCUGUUUUUCCCCCACCGGUAUCACGUAGCAUGCAUAGGAUUUGUCCUCGGAAAGUAGCUCUUCCUCAGAACAAAACGGUACUGGGAGUAAUCUUUGUUUGCUCCGAUAGGAUCUUUGUGAGAGUGCCCCCCCCCCCCCCCUUUCUAUCAUGAUGUUGUGUUUUUAUAAAGCUUUUGUGUAUUAAAUCUGGCCUGCUGAUCCAGCUGCCUCUCUGGAAACAUAGAUGUGAGAUGGUUUCACUGUCCCGUUUAGAGCAGACUGAUUAAUCCUUGGGGCGGUAACCUUUUCUUUGUAUGUUUUAUAGUAAAUGUCAUGUUGGAAAAGCCUAUUUUGGCCUAUUUUUAAGGUUUUGUAUUAAUUUAUUGUCUUUAUUUAGCUGUAUCAUGGGUAUGCAGUGUUCUUUUUUUUAUUUACAGUAAAUGCACAUUCAGUGUUGUAUCUUCAUGUAAGCUGUGUGAUACUGAAUGUGGCCGCACAUUGUUUAGUUCAUUUCCACAUCUUCCCUGAAAAUGUCAGGAUUUCUUUCAAUGGAAUCUGAAAGUUAUUGGACAUGAUUUUAUUUUUGUUAUUUAAUUUAUUAUAAACUAAAAUUUAUAAUUUCUUUUUAUGAGAAUAAAGUUCAUGAAACCAGUUGAUUAGGCUUUCAAAGCA